CACUUUAAAAUACAUUAAAUAGCAUUGUCACGAGAAAACAAAUGUUAUUUUAAAAACAUUUCAAUGCUUAGUGGCUGGUUAUUGGAGGGAAGCGUGUAGUUGUCAAACAACUACAUUUCCCACAAUGCAUCGUGAGAGAAACUCGCCGCACCUUCUCGGGGUGGAGCUUGUGGGAAGGUUUCUGCCUGUGGUGUCUGUAGCUGCUGCUGCUGGAGUGAGUGUUGUUUGACGGGGGGGCUGAGGUUGACCUGAGCGCAGCAGGGACUGGAAACAGGAGUAAGUUUCUGUCUCCUCUGGGCUUGUGUGGAGCCGCAGUUUCCGGGUCUGUGUGACAGAGGCAGCAGACCUGACAGCGACAGAUGAUUUGCAGGAGUCUCAGCAACAGGGCGCAGAGAGAAAUGUCAGAGAAUGUUCCAGCCUCGAACACAGAGAAGCGCGAAUUGUCUUUGAGUGAGUGAGUCCACACCGCAACGCGGAAAAGCCGUCAGGAGGAGAGAAUGCGAAUGGUGCGAAGGUAUCGAACUCAAGAGAAAUGGAAAAGAUGUAGCGUCGCAGCGGCAGAGCCAAUAGCUAGAACUAACGUUAGAGUAGAGAGUAGAUAGCCGAGGAGCUAACAUACAUGUAAAGUUAUUCCCCGGAGAAGCUGAAGAGGAGCAGCAGGCGUCUUAUCAAUCAGAAGAGUUCACCAGUGUCGCCAAAUCAAAGAAGAUAACAAGGAGGAGGAGAUGCUACGGAGGAGACUGAACCGUUUGCUCAACAAUGAUGAGAGAAGAGUCGACAGUCGGACGAUCUUUGUUGGUCAUCGAUCAGGAUCUCCUAAUGACGCUAUCAUCCCCGCUAAGUUCUGUGAUAACAGGAUUGUAUCCUCCAAGUAUACAGUUUGGAAUUUUCUACCAAAGAACCUGUUUGAGCAGUUCAGAAGAAUUGCCAAUUUCUACUUCCUUAUCAUCUUCCUGGUUCAGGUGAUAGUGGACACUCCCACCAGCCCAGUCACCAGUGGCCUGCCCUUAUUUUUUGUGAUCACGGUAACAGCCAUUAAGCAGGGCUAUGAAGAUUGGCUUCGGCACAAAGCGGACAAAGAGGUCAACACGUACCCAGUGACAGUGCUGGAGGAUGGCCGAAGGAUACGCAAGGAAAGCGAGAAGAUCAAGGUUGGAGAUGUGGUGGAAGUGGAAGAAGAUGAGACCUUUCCCUGUGACUUGAUUUUGCUGCAGUCGAGCCGAGAGGACGCAACGUGUUUUGUCACUACAGCCAGUCUGGAUGGAGAGUCCAACCAUAAAUCCCAUUAUACCGUCUCAGACAUUGAGAGGGAUCUGGAAUCUCUCAACGCCACCAUUGAGUGUGAACAGCCACAGCCUGACCUUUACAAGUUUGUUGGCCGUAUGCACAUUUACAAAAAUGACCAGGAGCCAGUAGUCAGGUCUUUGGGCCCAGAAAACCUACUGUUAAAAGGAGCAACCUUAAAGAACACCCAGAAGAUCUAUGGUGUUGCAGUUUACACCGGCAUGGAGACAAAGAUGGCUCUCAACUACCAGGGAAAAUCACAGAAACGUUCUGCUGUGGAGAAGUCGAUCAACGCCUUCCUUAUUGUUUACCUUUGCAUAUUGGUGAGCAAAGCCUUAGUGUGCACUACCCUAAAGUAUGUGUGGCAGAGCAAACCUGGACAAGAUGAGCCCUGGUACAAUCAGAAAACCCAGAGAGAGAAGGACACCAAUAUUUACCUAAAGAUGUUUACGGACUUCCUGUCCUUUAUGGUACUCUUCAACUUCAUCAUUCCGGUGUCCAUGUAUGUGACGGUUGAGAUGCAAAAGUUUUUGGGGUCCUUCUUUAUCGCCUGGGACAAAGACUUCUAUGAUCCUGAAAUCAAGGAGGGGGCACUGGUCAACACAUCAGACCUCAAUGAGGAGCUGGGCCAGGUGGAAUACGUCUUCACGGACAAGACAGGCACCCUCACUCAGAACAACAUGGAGUUUAUCGAGUGCUGCAUUGAUGGCUUCCAGUACAAACACCGGGAUGGAAGCGCUGAGAUGGAUGGGUUCUGUGUCCCAGAUGGACCUGUGAGCAAACCACAGCAGAAAGCUGGCAGGGAGAAGGAGGAGUUGUUCCUGCGGGCCCUGUGUUUGUGCCACACAGUUCAGGUGAAGGAAUCUACGGACCAGAAUGAUGACCAAAUUGAUGGAUUAGUGGCAGACGGAGAAGUGUCUUUGCAGGACCAAAGGGGCUUCAUCGCCUCCUCCCCUGAUGAAGUUGCUCUGGUCAAAGGUGCCAUGAGAUAUGGCUUCACAUUUCUGGGUCUUGAAAGUAAAAACAUGAAAAUUCGCAACAGUAACAACGACAUUGAAAUGUAUGAACUACUUCAUGUGUUGAACUUUGACCCAGUGAGAAGGCGAAUGAGUGUCAUUGUCAGAGCAAAGUCAGGUGAAACACUUCUCUUUUGUAAAGGAGCAGACUCUUCUAUUUUCCCCCGGGUCAGGCAGGAAGAGGUUGAAAGAACACGCACACAUGUGGAGCGUAAUGCAACAGAGGGCUACAGGACAUUAUGCGUAGCCUUCAAAUAUCUGAGUGCAGAGGAGUACCGGCAGGCAGACGAGGGGCUGAGGGAAGCCAGACUGGCUCUGCAAGAAAGAGAAGAGAAGCUCAUGGCUGUUUACAACCAGCUGGAGACUGGGAUGAGUCUAAUAGGAGCCACAGCUGUAGAAGAUCGGCUCCAAGAAGAAGCAGCGGAAACCAUGGAAGCUCUGCAGGGAGCAGGCAUGAAGAUCUGGGUACUAACAGGAGAUAAGAUGGAGACUGCAAAAUCCACAUGUUAUGCCUGUAGGUUGUUCCAGAGAAAUACAGAGCUUUUGGAACUAACGGUGCGAACUCUUGAGGAUGGUGGAAAGAGGCGUGAGGAGCGACUGCAUGACCUGUUGAAUGAAUACCAUAAGAAAACAGUGCAGGAUGCUCCACCAUUUAAAGGAGGUGUCACCAGGUUCGUACCGGGCAUUGACAACUUUAUCUCAUUGUUCAAUUCUUUCAGAUGUUACACAAUUUCUUCUUUGUGUCACAGGAGCUGGUCUUGUGCGAGCCAAGACUAUGGUUUCAUUAUAGAUGGAGCCACUCUCUCCAUGGUGCUGAACUCCUCCUCUGAAUCCAGCUCUCAUUGCUACAAGAACCUGUUUUUGCAAAUAUGUCAAAACUGCACUGCUGUCCUCUGUUGUCGUAUGGCACCACUACAAAAAGCUCAAAUAGUGAAAAUGGUGAAGAACUCCAAAGGCAGCCCAAUCACGCUUUCUAUUGGAGAUGGUGCCAAUGAUGUCAGCAUGAUUUUGGAAGCUCAUGUUGGCAUUGGUAUUAAAGGCAAAGAGGGCCGACAGGCAGUUAGGAACAGCGACUAUGCCAUUCCCAAACUUAAGCACCUCAAGAAACUUCUUCUGGCUCAUGGGCACCUCUACUAUGUGCGCAUUGCACACCUGGUGCAAUAUUUCUUCUACAAGAACCUUUGCUUCAUCUUACCUCAGUUUUUGUACCAGUUCUUCUGUGGCUAUUCUCAGCAACCUCUGUAUGAUGCCGCCUAUCUGACCAUGUACAACAUCUGCUUCACCUCCAUGCCCAUCCUGGCUUACAGCCUCUUCGAGCAGCACGUCCCAAUGGAGGUUCUGUUGGACAAUGCUACCCUCUACAGGGAGAUUGCUAAGAAUGCCAUGUUACGUUGGGGUCCUUUCCUCUACUGGACAGUGCUCGGUGUCUUCCAUGGUUUGGUCUUCUUCUUUGGUGUUCGUUAUCUGUUCACAAACCCUGCACUACAGGACAAUGGCCAGGUUUUUGGAAACUGGUCGUAUGGUACCAUUGUCUUCACUAUCCUCGUCUUCACUGUUACACUCACGCUUGCUCUGGACACACGGCACUGGACUUGGAUAAACCACUUUGUGAUCUGGGGAUCCCUGGCCUUCUAUGUUUUUUUUAGUUUCUUCUGGGGAGGAAUAAUAUGGCCUUUCCUGAGCCAACAACGAUUGUAUUUUGUGUUUGCCAACAUGCUGAGCUCAGUGUCAGCUUGGCUGGUCAUCAUCUUACUCAUCCUGGUCAGCCUCCUACCAGAGAUCCUGCUCAUGCUGUUCCGCAAACGCCGUGGACCCAAUGCUCGACAGCAGAACAUGGUUGAGUCGGGCACGGGGGACACCCAGUCUCCCCGGUCUUCGGCCAGACCCCUGCUCAUGAGAACCUUUUCAGAUGAGUCCAGUACUGUCAUUUAAGCAGCCUUCAGAAUGUGACCUUCUACAAACUUCCAGAUUGCAGCUGUGACACCACUGUCCUACAAGAACCUGAGGGAGCGAGUGUGAAGGAAGUCGUUGGUGACUCACUUCAAGGAUGUCAGCUGGAGCUGAGUUCCUCUUUUUUUAAUCUGAAAAGAGGAACAAGAAAAUUAGAAGAAAAAAAAAACAGGAACCGUUGAAACAUUCUGACAAAGAUGGAAGAUUUCCGACAUGUGUCUCUGUGUUCCGUCCUUUUUUUUUUUUUUUUUUUUUCCAAAUCCCUAAUUGAGCAUGUCCGCUGAGCAAUGCUGUGGUAUUUUAUUCUCCAAAAAAAACGAUGACAGGCAUGAGUUUUCCUUAUCAAACUUUUUUUUAUAAACGCUAGCUUACAAUUGGAAUGGAAACACAUUUGCCUUGUCAGCAGCUGUGCUUGACUGCUGUGUUUUAACAAGCGGUCGUUAUGUUAGCUCUGAGAAAUGUUCACCUGCAUGAAAGAAGAAGAAGGCACCAAAGUAAGUUUCAAACCCCAGGCGUUCUUCACUGUGUUCUGCAGUGUUCUUUUUCUCUUCCUCAGCGGUCACACCUUAAGACUCUUCAGUUACUGUCCUUUCUUCUUUUGUCGUAUUUCAUGCGUUUCGGCGAUUGCACUCAUCCAACAGGCCUGAACUGUUGUUAGUGACAGAAUGUGAUUUCAAUCCAGCUCAGAGCUGCAAACGGGUCCUGGUUCAUAGAUGUUAGUUUGUCUCCUGUAGUGAUUCCGCUGCCUCCUGACCACUAGUGUGAAUCCUUGGAGGACUCAUUUUACAAAAUGGAGACUUAUCACUCAGUCCAAAAAGUGUGUUUGUCUGUGUGUGUGUGAGUGUGUGCGUGCACAAGAUUGAGAGAGAUUAGAGAUUUAUGUAAUGUAUUCUGGCAAUAUUGUGGCAAAACUAAAGUUGUCGUAUCUCAGAGGUAAUUUAAAGAGUCCAGUGAAAAAUGAGACGUUUAAUCAUAUACAUGUGAAUUGCACUGUAGAGAGUAUAAUUUAAACCUAAUCUGCUCACAGCCAAAAAAAGACGAUUGUAACAUGAUGGGACUUUGUCCACACUGGUGUGACCAGUCUCUGUGUUUUUUGUAUGUAUGUGUGUGUAUCCCUGUUGUCAUAUCAGAGAGCGGGAAAUUCCUGUGUGUUGAUGAAAACCAGGAUUACUUCAAACCUCAGUGGUGACGUAGUUCUGUCCGACAUUUCCUGCACUAGAAACCAUGGUUUUCUCAUCAAGCAAAUUGUCAUAAUGACACAUCCACACACAAAUAUGUACAUUUCUGAUAGCCAAGAACAACACACACAAACACAUAUUCACACCGCACUAAAUGCACUCAGACACUCGGGCCUAAAUUAAGUAUUUAAAGUCUCGCUGUUACCCCUCCCCCGACGUUGAAUUCAAAGUGUAAAGAGAAACGGUUUAUUUUACUGUGCCAUGUUUGUUCUUCUGAUUGUGGUGGUUCAGCCUUUAACUUAUUUCUAGUGCUUUCUACAUUCCAUUUAAACAUAGCCAUAGUUCAUCAGAGACUGACAAACCUAUAUCGUACCUUUUGGAUAUUUAUUUAAGUGUAUUUUGACUCACAAAUGCUAUAUUUUAUGACAUUAACCUUUUUAUCAUUUAAUGAUUAUGAUUAUUAUCGUUCGAGUAUACCUGUGUUACUUCAGCGUGUGAUGUUUGGUAAUCUUUGUCACAAACACAGGCAGCCCCUCAUUGACCUGUGAACCAUCUGACAUGUAGUGAACCUAUAGUCCACAGUCUCACCUGGUUCACCUCCACCGACUGUGUUCUAAUACCGAAAGAAAACUGUAACAGCAUUUUAAACCCUCUGUCAUUGAGUUUGAUCUUUUUGUUUGUAAAGGAGGUUGAUUUUGACCUGCUGACCUCUUGCCUGCACUGUGCCAGAAGAUACUGAACGUCAGAGGACGCUGUUGUGGGGAGCGGGAGAGGGGGUUGGCCUGCUUUGUUUAAUAAGAAAAACCUUUAAAGUGACACGAGAGACGCUAUUUUCCUCAGAUCCAAUGUUUUGCCUGUCAGGUUAUAAUGAUGAAGUAAUGGACCGUAUUUUUAAUGCAACCUUUUUUCCAGCCACUUUUUUUGUAAGAAAAUCAAAAUGGCCAAAAAAUACUUAAGCACGAGAGGCUCUGUGGUUGUGGACCCUGUCCCUGAAUAUGAGGGGGUGGAGGUCAGUCACCUUCAGGCACCUCAGCUGCCUCAGCACUGCAAACCUCCAAGCUGAAUGUACCUCUUUGACACUAUAGUAUAUUUAAAGUUUUCUCAAAUAAAGCCGACUGUUUUGAAGAUA